GACCAAUUUAUACUUAAUAAACAGUGAUCUUGACAAAAUCUUACAAGGUUAGUGGGAAACCUCUAAAGGGAGCUUACAAGAAAUAUCUAUCUAUAAGUCUGAAGAAUAUUAACAACAAUGAGUAGAGAAUACUGACCUGAAAGAUGGUGUCCCGAAGGUUUUCCCUGAUCCUACUAUUUCUCUUGGCAACCUUAAUCACAGUUGCUAAUGGAAACAACAACAGAAAGCUAUUGACUUCUGCUCCAGAACCAGCACCCCUGGUUGAUCUAUCUCCUCCUCCACCCCCGGUUAAUAUAUCUUCUCCUCCACCCCCGGUUAAUCUAUCUCCUCCUCCACCACCGGUUAAUCUUUCUCCUCCUCCACCCCCGGUUAAUCUAUCUCCUCCUCCACCCCCGGUUAAUCUUUCUCCUCCUCCGCCCCCGGUUCUUCUUUCUCCUCCUCCGCCCCCGGUUAAUCUUUCUCCUCCUCCACCCCCGGUUAAUCUUUCUCCUCCUCCACCACCGGUUCUUCUUUCUCCUCCUCCGCCCCCGGUUCUUCUUUCUCCUCCUCCGCCCCCGGUUAAUCUAUCUCCUCCUCCACCCCCGGUUCUUCUUUCUCCUCCUCCACCUCCGGUUCUUUUUUCUCCUCCUCCACCCACAGUUACUCGUCCUCCUCCUCCACCCACAAUUACUCGUUCUCCUCCUCCUCCUCGACCUCAAGCCGCUGCUUACUACAAGAAAACUCCACCGCCACCACCCUAUAAAUAUGGAAGAGUGUAUCCACCACCUCCUCCUCCACCUCAAGCCGCUCGUUCCUACAAGAGAUCUCCACCGCCGCCACCACCCUCUAAAUAUGGAAGAGUGUAUUCACCACCUCCUCCCGGAAAAUCAUGGUUGUGGUUCUUGAAGCUCUAAGAAGUUAGAAGCAUGCAAGCGGCUCAGAAGAAGACAUUAAUUUUCUACCAUAUGUAUAUUAUUCACUGAUGAAUUGUUAUCCGAAAUAAGUUUUUGUAAGAGUGCUUCAGCGUUUAACUUUUUUUUUACUGUCUCUCAGCUUCUAGGUAUUUUUUUUUCUCGCGGUUUGUAGUGUGACUGAAGCUUCUUCUGUUUGUUUUUAAACCAGCUUCUUUUUAUUGUAUUGUAAAAUUUCUGACUCAACAUCAAAUGGGCAG